AUGCAUCUCUACAAUGCGUGGCUGCCGCCACCUGUAGCGGAGGAGGCCAAGAAGGAGAGAGACUCCUUCCGUGGCGUACUCAAUUCCGUCAAGGACUCUUACAAACCUGACGAUCCUGAUUCCGUUUACUCCACUCUCAAAUGGAUUUCGGUCCUCGAGCUUUUUAUUAAGGCCAAGAGCGAAUUGAAUUUGGAAGAUGUAGCUGAACUCGUUCAAAUUGGAAUUCAGUUGUUCAAUAUUUCGCAGAAUAAGCUUUAUGCUCAGAUGAGAUGGGGAAAUUUGUUAGUGAGAGUGUUAAAUAGGUAUAGAAAGAAGUUGGUUUUCAAAGUACAAUGGAGGCCUUUGUAUGAUACACUUAUUCAUACUCAUUUUACAAGGAAUACUGGUCCAGAAGGGUGGAGAUUGAGACAGAGGCAUUUUCAGGCUAUUACUUCACUUGUUAGGUCCUGCCGGAGAUUCUUUCUGGCUGGUUCGGCUUUGGAGAUUUGGAAUGAGUUUAGUGCUCUAUUGGAAAAUCCAUGGCAUAAUUCAGCCUUUGAAGGAUCUGGGUUUUUGAGACUGUUUCUACCGACAAACUUGGAGAACCAGGACUUCUAUACAGAUGCUUGGGUUAAAAAUAGUUUGGACUUGUGGGACUCGAUACCAAAUUCCCAAUUCUGGAACAACCAGUGGGCAGCUGUAAUAGCACGUGUUAUAAAAAACAACAACUUUAUCGACUGGGAAUGCUUCUUACCAAUGCUUUUCAGUAGAUACUUGAACAUGUUUGAGGUUCCUGUGGCAAAUGGAAGUGCUUCAUCUCCAUUUUCAGUUGACGUUCCAAGAUAUACAAGAUUCUUAUUCGCCAAUAAAACAUCCACCCCAGCAAAGGCCAUUGCAAAAUCAAUUGUCUAUCUACUUAAACCCGGAAGUGCAGCUCAAGAGCAUUUCCAGAAAUUGGUCAACCUCUUAGAACAAUAUUACCAUCCCUCUAAUGGUGGUCGCUGGACUUAUUCGUUGGAGCGGUUUUUGCUGCAUUUGGUAAUUGCGUUCCAGAAGCGCUUACAGCAUGAGCAGCAGGGCACUUAUAGCAAUGGACAGGCUGAUAUGUUUCUUGGAAGAUCAGAAAGGACUUAUUUUGUCAAUGUUUUGCUGAAGUUAAUUGAUCGCGGGCAAUAUAGCAAAGAUGAACAUCUAUCUGAGACAGUUGCUGCUGCAACUUCCAUUUUGUCAUAUGUGGAGCCCACUCUGGUUCUUCCAUUUUUAGCAUCUCGAUUCCAUAUGGCCUUGGAGACGAUGACUGCCACCCACCAGUUGAAAACUGCAGUGAUGUCAGUAGCAUUUGCAGGACGUUCUCUGUGUCUUACAUCCCUCUCAAGUACAGGGAAACAGGAGGAUUGUGGUGGGGUUGAUGAUGCAUAUGUUGAUCUUCUAACGAUCUCACUAUCCAAUGCUUUACUUGGUAUGGAUGCUAAUGAUCCUCCCAAAACAUUGGCAACCAUGCAGUUACUUGGGUCCAUAUUUUCCAAUAUUGCUACUUUGGAUGAUGAAACUGAUCAGUUCAUGCCAAUGAUCCAGUUUUCUGAAUGGUUGGAUGAAUUCUUAUGUCGCUUAUUUUCAUUACUUCAACAUUUGGAACCUAGCAGUGUUCUGAAUGAAGGCAUACAUUCAUCGGCAACAUUGGGAACCUUUCUUGUAGAUGAUGGUCCUUUCUACUACUGUAUGCUUGAAAUCUUGCUUGGAAGGCUAUCAAAAUCGCUAUAUAAUCAGGCGUUGAGAAAAAUUGCAAAGUUUGUUAGGACAAAUAUUCUUCCUGGAGCAGUUGCAGAGGUUGGAUCGCUUUGUUGUGCAUGUGUACAUUCAAACCCAGAAGAGGCUGUUGCUUCUCUUGUUGAUCCAAUCUUGUCAUCUGUUAUAUCCUCUCUGAAAGGAACACCUGCUACAGGCUUUGGAGGGAGUGGGAUUCCUGAUGCUGAAGUUUCAAUAAAGGCAAAACCAACACUCUCUCCAGCUCUUGAAACGGCAAUCGAUUAUCAAUUGAAAAUAUUAUCAGUUUCCAUAAACUAUGGAGGUCCCGCUCUUCUUCGUUACAAGAAUCAGUUUAAAGAAGCUAUCUUGGCAGCUUUUGAAUCUCCCUCUUGGAAGGUUAAUGGAGCUGGUGAUCACCUCCUUCGAUCCCUCCUUGGAAGCCUGAUUGUUUAUUAUCCUACCGAUCAAUACAAGUGCAUUUCACGGCACCCAGCUGCUACGGCAUUAGAAGAAUGGAUCAGCACAAAAGAUUAUGAUAGUGAUGGACCAUUGAUGGCCCCCAAGUGGCAUGUUCCAAAUGCCGAUGAAGUUCAGUUUGCAAAUGAACUUUUGAACCUUCAUUUUCAUUCAGCUUUAGAUGACCUUUUGAAAAUAUGCCAAAAGAAAAUACAUUCUGAUGCAGGAAAUGAGAAAGAGCACUUGAAAGUGACUCUUUUGCGUAUUGAUUCUUCAUUGCAAGGUGUUUUAUCUUGCUUGCCUGAUUUCAGCCCAUCCUCCAGGAAUGGGAUUGUUGAAGAUACAAAUCAUACUUCUUUCUUGAUAGCCGGAGCAACUGGUUCAAGUGUUGGCAGUGCUGGACUGCGUGAAAAAGCUGCUGAGGUUAUACAUGCAGCUUGCAGAUAUAUGUUAGAGGAAAAAUCAGAUGACAGCAUUCUCUUGAUACUCAUUGUUCGUAUUAUGGAUGCUUUGGGAAACUUUGGAAGUUUGGAGUAUGAGGAGUGGUCGAAUCACAGGCAGGCUUGGAAGUUCGAAUCUGCUGCUAUUUCAGAACCUCCAAUGAAUUUUAUCGUGUCUUCUCAUUCUCAAGGAAAGAAAAGGCCCAGGUGGGCUCUUAUUGACAAGGCAUACUUGCAUAGUACUUGGAGGUCAUCACAAUCUUCCUAUCAUCGGUUUCGUUCAAUUGGGAACUUCUCUCCACCAGACCAUGCAAUUCUUUUGAUGGAUGAUCUGCUAAACCUUUCUUUGCAUAGAUAUGAAACUGUUCGUGCGCUUGCUGCAAAAUCUCUGCUGAAGAUGAUUAAGAGAUGGCCAUUGAUGAUUUCAAAAUGUGUGCUCUCACUUACUGAACACUUACGGAAUCCCAGCUCACCAGAAUAUGCAGUGCUGGGUUCUUGCACAGUCCUUUCUACGCAAACAGUUCUCAAGCAUUUGACAACAGAUGCAAAAGCAUUAUCUUUUUUUCUUCUUGGUAUUCUUUCAAGCUCGCAUCAUGAAUCACUGAAAGCUCAGAAAGCAAUCAACGAGCUUUUUGUUAUGUACAACAUCCACUUUUCGGGAGUGUCUAGAAGCAUUUUCAUGACAUCAGAUAAUCAAAUAGAUGGACCAAAUUUUACUGAUUUGGUUUCUCAGAUUGGAUCGAUGAGUUUUGAUUCUACUGGUUUGCAUUGGCGGUAUAACCUGAUGGCUAACAGAGUUCUGCUUUUGUUGGCUAUGGCUUCUAGAAAUGUUCCGAACUUUUCUUCUAAAAUCCUGAGUGAAACUGCUGGUCACUUUCUUAAAAAUUUAAAAAGUCAUCUUCCUCAAACAAGGUUGCUUGCAAUCUCAGCUCUAAAUACACUAUUAAAAGAAUCACCUUACAAACUCUCUGCUGAGGAUCAGUCUGCAGUAUCUGAGUUACAGACAAAUGUCAAAUCAUCUCUUGAGGGGGCAUUAAGUGAAAUUUUUCAGGAAGAAGGGUUCUUCAAUGAGACUAUGAAUAGCCUGUCUCAUGUUCAUGUAAUUACUGAUACUGAGAGCACAUCUUCCAGAGGAAGUCACGGGAAUUCUUUUAUCCAAAGCCUUGCAGACAAAUCAAUUACCCGUUUUUAUUUUGAUUUUUCAUCUUCAUGGCCACGUACUCCUAGUUGGAUCUCUCUAUUAGGAAGUGAUACAUUUUACUCCAAUUUUGCACGAAUCUUUAAGCGGCUCAUACAAGAAUGUGGCAUGCCUGUUUUACUAGCACUGAAAGAAACAUUGGAGGAGUUUGCAAAUGCUAAGGAAAGGUCUAAGCAGUGUGUUGCUGCUGAAGCGUUAGCUGGGGUGUUGCACUCUGAUGUCAAUGGUCUUUUAGGGGCUUGGGACAGCUGGAUAAUGGUUCAGUUGCAGAGUAUCAUUCUUUCUCAGUCAGUCGAAUCUAUUCCAGAGUGGGCAGCUUGCAUACGUUAUUCAGUUACAGGAAAAGGAAAAUAUGGUACACGAGUCCCUGUUCUGAGGAAACAAAUUUUGGACUGUUUGAUGGCACCUUUACCUCCAGCUGUAAAUACCACUGUUGUUGCAAAGCGCUACGCUUUUCUUUCAGCUGCACUCAUCGAAAUAUCCCCACAAAAGAUGCCAGUGGCUGAGAUAGAGCUUCAUAACAAACUUACAAAGGAGUUGUUGGAUAACAUGUGUCACUCAUCAGCCCAAGUAAGGGAAGCCAUAGGUGUUACCCUGUCUGUGUUGUGCACUAAUAUUCGUCUUCAGCUGUCAUCUGCUCAUGAUUAUUCAUGCGAAGGGGGCAAGGACAUUGACAACCAAUUGAAAGAGGAAAAGUGGGUUCUCAUUCUGACAGACCGAGCAUCUGAUGUAGUCACAAAUAUUCAGAAUACUAGCCCAGCAGACAACAUGGAGACUGCUGGGCAUAUAGCUCUUCAGAAUGGGUCUUUGAAUGGGGAUGCACAAGAUGAUGUCAAGUGGAUGGAAACGCUAUUUCAUUUUAUCAUCGCAACCUUGAAAGCUGGGAGAUCUUCUUAUUUACUGGAUGUUAUUGUGCAAUUUCUCUAUCCUGUACUUUCUUUGCAGGAAACAUCAAAUAAAGAUUUGUCAACACUGGCCAAGGCAUGUUUUGAAUUGCUGAAAUGGAGAAUUUUCUGGGCACCUCAUCUCCAGAGGGUUGUUUCUGUGAUUCUUUCUUCUGCCAAUGAUCCUAACUGGCGGACCCGAUCAGCUACUCUGACAUAUUUACGUACUUUUAUGUAUAGGCAUACUUUCAUCCUCUCAAAUGUGGAAAAACAACAAAUUUGGAGAACAAUUGAAAGUCUCCUGCGAGAUAAUCAAGUAAGGGAGCAUGCUGCAGCAGUUUUAGCAGGUCUAGUGAAGGGUGGGAAUGAAGAUCUUGCAAGAGACUUCCGUGAAAGAGCAUACUUGGAGGCGAAUACCAUCCAAAGGAAGAGAAAGCAGAGGAAUCUAAAAACUGGCCAAUCUGUAGCAUCAAUUCAUGGUGCAGUACUUGCUUUGGUGGCUUCUGUAUUGUCAGUUCCAUAUGAUAUGCCCAGUUGGUUGCCUGAGCAUGUUACUUUACUGGCUCGUUUUGGAGGAGAGCCAUCACCUGUGAAAUCUACUGUAACAAAAGCAAUUGCUGAGUUCCGACGGACUCAUGCGGAUACUUGGAGUGUCCAGAAAGAUUCAUUUACUGAAGAGCAACUUGAGGUUUUGGCUGAUACAUCCUCAUCGUCAUCAUAUUUUGCUUGA